AGGCCAUCGUCACAGAGCGAGAGAGGAGCUCCGCCUGGCUCCGCCGAAGCCCAAGCGCGGCCUGGCAAAAGGCUGGGCUUCCGGUUUCCCCGGAGAAGCGCGACCCAAGGGGAGAAGGAAGCGGGGCCGGGUCGGUCUUGGCGAGGCUGCCUGGCGGAGGAAGAUGCCUGGGCCCAGCCUGGAGCCGCCCUGAGAGCGGCAUCGCAGCAUCAGGGAGGGAGGGAGGGAGGCGGGAGGGCGGGAGGAAGAAGGGAGGGUGAGCGCCGACCCCGGCCCCGGAUCCAUCCCCCCCAGCGAGGCUCUCCCGAUGAGGCCACGGCGCGCCGGGGACGAUGGCAGCCGCGCCGGGGAGCCAGGAGAAGGCGGGCGGAGGCGGCGGCGGCGGAGGCGGCGAAGGAGGUGGGGAGCAGGCCGGCCGGCAGGAUGAAGAGGCCGAAAGCAGCGGAGGGGGAGGCGGCGGGGAGGCGGAGGGUCCGGGCAGCGAGGAGCGGGAGUGCCGCAUCUGCUACAACCCCUUCGACGCGGAGGCGCGGGCGCCCAAAGUCCUGGAGUGCCUCCACACCUUCUGCCUCCACUGCCUGGGCCAGAUGUACCGGCACCAAGCGCCGGGAGGAGGAGAGGGCCCGGUCUCUGUGGGCGAGGCCCUCUUCCCGGCCCUGGCGGCCGUCUCCUUGUCCUGCCCGCUCUGCCGGCACCGCACCCUCCUCCCCGGGGGCCGCCUCCAAGACCUGCCGCUCAACACCAAGCUGGCCCCUUCCUUGCCCUCCAACCCUGGGCGCCGCCUCCAGCUGCAGCUCUUGCCCCUGCUCCCGGUCUCGGUCGCGGUCCCGGCGGAGGAGCCUAUCCAGCAGCGCCCCCUGGCGGCGCAGAGCGGGCCCCGGGCCGCCCCCCUGAGCCCUCCUCCUUCCGGGCCUGGCCUGGGCCCCCGCUGCCCCGGGCAGAGGCGGAGGGCGCAGAGCCGGAGACAAGAGGUGCGCACCGUGCGCUGCGUCUGCGUGGUCUUCACCUUCUUCUCCAUCAUGGUGGUCUCCAUCACCGGGCCCCUCUUCCUCAACUACAGCGGCUGGGUGGAGCUCUUCAUGGUCUCCCUCUUCCUGGUGGUGGCCGUGGUCCUGGCCCUCUUCUCCAUCAUGCCUUACCUGCUCCACAGCCACGAGUACCGGACGGUCACUGCCGCCUUCCUGGCCGGGGAACGAGGAGGAGGAGGAAGUGGCCUUCGGGGACCGGCCCUGGGACCCGUGGCAGGGCCCAGCCACACCUAGAGGGCAACGCAAAAGUGGUCCGAGACUCACCUUCUGUCCCUGGUGCCCCAGAAGUGGCAUGGCACUCCACAGGUGUGCCCUCUUUUCCUCCUCUGUGCCAGGAGAGGUGCCCUGGGCGGGAUGGCACUGCCU